AUGCGCUUCAGUCACCAACAGCAUCUCGCUGGGGACACGGCCGACGCAGCACCAAAGGACGCCGCGCGCUCGAGCGCGCCGCCCCGGUCCACGCCCCAAGCCCGGCGGCAGCUCGUCCAGUCGAUCCGCGCGCGCAUCGGCGCCCUCCCGCUCGAAAUCCGCGCGCUGGAGGCCGCGCGACGCAUCUGGCGAUUGUCCUGCGUGGCGCGUUCCUCGCUCUCUGCGCCAGCGGCCAAUGGCGCCGCUCGGCCCGCGUCUGAUUCCGCUGCUGUUUGCGUUGUGGUGCGGCUGCAGUGCAGUGCAUCAGUGCCAUUAGAGUUCAAGCCGCCGACCAUGAUGAACGAGAGGCGCCGCAAGCUGCAGACCGUCCCGGUGGACCACUACGACGGCCAGGCCAUCUACAGCGACAACGAGCUCAUCUACGAGCUCGGAGGGUACCUCGGCGGCGGCGCGGCCGGCGUAGUCUACGAGGCCUUCUCUACGCGCACCAAGCAGCACGUGGCCAUUAAGAUACUAAACCCUGUCGGCUACAAGCUGUUUCCCAGCACGUUGCUGGCGCGGUGUAUUGUCGCCGUUAAGGGCAAGCCGCUGGUGGUGCUACCCUCCGACGAUGCAGAGCUAGGAGAUGGUGGAGGAAUGGGGACGGACCGACGAGCGUUCGCCGGAGGGAACCACCGCAUGCGCUCCAACUUCGGAGCGCCCAGAGUCACGACCGAGCGCAUCCGCGUGGAGAACGUUUGGUGGCUGAUCCACCCGACGUCCAAGCAGGCCAUUGCGGCCUUUGAAGACCCGUACACGGGACAUGUCCGGGAGCUUACGUUGCCGCAGUGCAUCCAAGUCUGGGGCGAGCAGAUGAAUCAGAGUGACCGACAACAGACCGACCCUGCCGAGUCGUACCAGGAAGUGCAAGUGAAGAACCAGACGAUCAAAGUCCCUCGCAUUCCCAAGAAGUUCAUCAAGUUUGCGCACACGCGGCGCUCGAUCCACCGCGAGAUCUCGAACAUGUCUGGGCUGGAGUAUCACGAGAACGUGCUGCGUCUGGAUGAGGCACUGGAGCUCGUUCAGGACAGCAAGUGUACGACGUUCCUGGUACUGGAGCUGGCUGGAGGUGGAGAACUCUUUGAUCGUAUCAAGCUGGACUGCGGCACCGACGAAGAGACAGCACGUCUGUACUUCCGUCAGCUAAUUUCUGGCGUUGCAUUCUGCCACAACUCCGGGGUGUGCCACCGCGAUCUCAAGCCGGAAAACCUGCUACUCGCGGACAACGAGGAGCACUCGACGCUCAAGAUUGCCGACUUUGGACUGUCCGCGAUCUUCGCCUUCACGGAGAAUGAUGCGAGUGGUGGAGCCAAUGGAAAUGGUAUUGACCAGCCAGCUAUUCGGCGGUUGCGGUCGGUGGUAGGGUCGCCGCACUACGUAGCCCCGGAAGUUCUGAUGGAUGCUGGUCAAGGAUACGAUGGAGCAAAGGCCGAUGCGUGGUCCAUUGGAAUAAUCCUGUACGCUAUGAUCGCGGGCAACUUGCCGUUUGGGAAGGACCUCCUCAAGUGCGUUCGCUACGAUCGGUUCCGCAAGUGGUCGUACAAUACCAAGUACAGUGACGACGACCCAACCGUCGAGGUCGAGUUCCCAACGUGGUUUUUCCCCGCACAUUUCUCGUUGGAGCUGAAGUCGCUGAUCGCACAGUUGCUGUACCCUGAUGCGUGCAUGCGUCUAUCGGUUGAUGAAGCUCAGCACCACGUGUGGGUUCGUGGUGAAAAGCUCAAGAAACCGAAUCCGUCUUCAAUCCUGGAAGACGACCAACUCCCCAGUAAUGCCGCGCCCCUCAAUCCAACCGGUUUACCUCCGCCGUCACCCCACCCGUCUUAUAAGAAUCGUAUGAACGUCGCGGUUAACACCCUACAGGACAGCAUCGAGUUGGGACAGCACAUGCACCCAAGCCAACUGGGAUCUGUUUCGCCGCAGGCGAUCACCAGACUUCUCGCCAAGUCGCCCAGCCCCCACGGACACGCAUUCCGCUGCCCGCCGUCACCACAACAAGGUCUUCGUGUGAACAAACACCUCGCAGGUGUUGUCGGCUACAUGCCCUCGGUGGAUGAGACCUCGUCCAUGUCGGGCCAAACUCCGCUGAAUUCUCCUCGCGAUGCGAAGAACAACAGCAGUUUCGACCAGGAUCUUGAUAACGAUGCUUCUGACGCAUCGUCGACCACCAAAGAGCUGGACGCUUGUAAUAUUUCUGAGGCUGGUGCGCUCUUGAAGCAGGAAGCGCUCGUGCGUGAAGCGACCGUGACCACAUCAAUGUCUCUAGCGGAAACUGUGACUGCUGGAGGGGUUGGUGAUAUCGAGAGCGAAGCUGUGAUCGCCCCCACCCAAUUGGUAUCACAGGAUCCUCAAAGGCACCAGCACCGUUUCGUGUCUCCACCGCUCGUCACCGGAUCUCGGGACGCGAUGCCCAUUCGAUUCCGCCGGAACUCACCCCCGGAACUAUUUCUUCGUGGCUUUGCGCGUGGACACUUUCGCGAACUCACGAACGGUGAUAUCGGCAAUACCGGUGCAUUCGACGGCAUCAACAUCUUGGGCCGCUCUCCGCCCUUACUCCCGCAAUCAAUUGCCGUCCCUAACGAACUGCAAAGCCUACCGAUCAACCGCACACUGACUGAGCCGCUGAUGUUCUCGGUUAAAACGGAGACGGGCGCUAAGUGCACACCGGCUCAAGUGGGCGAGGAAGAUCAGCAGACAAAGAGUCAGGUCUCACCUCCAUCGUACAGUGACGUCGUGGCUCGCUCCACUCGAUUUCUGACGGCACUCCCGGCAGGAUUGGUGCUCUCCAACAUCGAGACUGCUCUGGAAGCCAACCCCUGCCCCCUUCCGUACGAGUACUCCAAAGUUCCUCAAGCCGUGACCAUCGAUUGGGACAACUACCAGCUUGAAGUACGGUACGCUGGUCUUUUGACCUGCACCGUGCAGGUGUUCCUCUUCCAGCGCGGUGUCUAUCUCGUCGAGUUCCGACGCGGCCAUGUCGAUAUUUUCCAGUUCAAGCGCUUCUACGAAAAGAUCCGUGCGCAGAUCUCGGAAGGAAUGGAUGGAGGCUCCGAACAACCGUCGCCAUCAUACCGCAAGCGCAACAACUCGAUCUCCGAUGUUUUUUUAAGGUGAAAGCAUGACGCUCAACUCUUAUCAAGAUAUAUUCACUCCAACGUUUCCGUUUUCACCCACAGCCGACGAACGCUGUACGUCCGUUUGCUUCAAAGUGAAGUAUCAAUUAGGAAUAUAUAAUGCUCUAUCGCCGCAAUAUAAAGAGCGUGGUGAUCUUCU